AGACUGUAAUUCCUUUACCUACUAUACAUAAAACAGAACAUUACACUAAUCCCUGUGAUUGCACUGAAGCCACAGAGUACACCAGUUUGUCCAUUAUGUAUGUAUGUUGAACUAUUCAUCACUUACUCUGGACAAAUGACACCAAUAGCGUGUAGGGUGUUGCUAAGUGGUUGUACGGACUGUUUGCGUUUCUGGUCUCCUUAUUAAGAGGUGCUGCUUCAUCACUUCAAUAAAAGCGCUGUAGUGAAGAGGGAGCGCGCAGACAGAGACAGCGUGAGGAAGAGUUCAGACCCGUGCUCACAGGUGCGCAACGGACACGCGCACAACAGCUCUCUCUCUCUCUCUCUCUCUCUCUCUCUAUACAGGGAACAAAAAUAUUGUUAAGAUUGAUCCACGCGCAAGACAGCUGGGAUGUGCGGCAGAAAUAUGACUCAGGAAAGCCAAGAGGACGGCAGCUUGAACCAGCUUGGGGGAAGGUUUCUGAAUGGCCGUCCUCUACCUGCCCAUAAAAGGAAGCUGAUGAUAGAGCUGGCAUCAGAGGGGGUGCGUCCAUGUGACAUCUCUAGGAUUCUGAAGGUGUCAAGUGGAUGCGUCAGCAAGAUCUUACGCUGGUACCGAUGCACCGGCCUCUGGGUCCCUAAAGCCACAGGAGGCAGCAGACCAAGACUCCUCACACCUGAUGUGGUCUCUACUAUAGCACAGUACAAGCGUACCAGUCCAACACUUCCUGCAUGGGAGAUCCGCAAGAAGCUUUCGUCAGAGCAAGUGUGCCGUGCUGACAGAGUUCCGAGUGUGUCUUCCAUUAACCGCAUUCUGAAGAGGAUUCAGCAUGACUGGAACGGGGAAAAACACACAUAUGAAGGUUUGGCAGAGCCACAUGCCCUGGAAAGCACACUUCCACCAAACUGGAUCUCACAGAACAAGCCACCUUCAGCAGUCAGCUGUUCAAACAGCAUUGGUUCAUUGGUUCACCAAACAAGACUUUCUUCUCCUCUGGUUCAUAAUAGUGGAACCCACAGUCACUGCAUCUCAAACAUGACAGCUGGAUUUCUAUUGGCACAUCAUACAAACAGAUCAGCUUAUUCUCCAGAAUGUACUGCUCAUCCUUCAUUCACUGGACACUGUAUUUGAUCGGAAGAGUUGGUACCGGACAUGUUAGAGCAGUAGGUCAAUUAUAGAACUGGAUGAGUCAUUUACAUGGGGAGAGUUCAGGCAGUCUUAUGUAACAGCAGAGGGCAGCAGAGCAAAUAAAUAACAGCUACAUCUCAAACUGAGUAUCCAGAGUAACUGCAUGGCAUAUACCUUAUAGCUGUAAACUAUCAGUUCUUGAAAUGUACUCUUAACAUUGGUGCUAUUAGCAAUAGAAACAUUAUGGUUUAACUGCAUAAAAUGACAAAAUUAAAACAACAACAAUGGAAUUGUGGAUUUAUAAUGGACAAUGGAAUUUGUGGCUUUAUCUACAUAAAUAAUAAUUAUAUUGACAUUUAUAUAUUUAAUUCCUAAUUAAUAGCAAUAUAUAACAUUGUCCUUUUGAGAAAGAGGAAUAAGUAAUUCUGAACAGAAAAAAGAAUUAUGGGAAUUAUUUUAUUACAGAGUCAUAAAAUAUAAGGAGGAAACUUCUACAUAAGUAAAUUUUCCACCUUAUGUAUUGUGGUCCUCUGAACAACCAUGAACCUGAUUAAGACAAUGUGGUUACC